AUGUACACCUUUCCUCAAGAGCUCAUCGACGCCGUGAUCGAUCAGUUACACGGGGACAAACCUGAAGCUGUUCGGGACCUUCUGUCGUGUUCACUAGUCUCUCGGGCAUUCGCUUCAUGCACCAGGACCAUCCUUUUUGAAGAUAUUGCCUUGAGGAACUCAGAAGACUCAGACCGCUGCUUUCAUGCCUUUCUCGCAUCCCAGCGCAGCGCUGGUCCAGUAGUGAAGGCGCUCCUGGUGGAGCCCGAUAACGAAGAAUGGGAUAUUGCUGCUGACCCUUGUCUAGAGCACAUCCUGUCGUUGUUCCCGAACCUCAAGACAGCCAAACUGUCACGGAUGAAUUGGGGUCACUUUCCGACCAAACUCCUUACGGCCUUGUUCUCUGCGCCACAGCUUUAA